AAUUUUAUGUAUUGGGAAAGAACGGUUUGUUCUCGUUGCGGAUGAAAUGGAGCAAAGCAAAAGCGGUCCCAAAGAGAGAGACUUUCGCCUAAUGUCAAGGCUAGUGUGGAAUCCAAUCUUUCUUUUUACCACCACCACAAUCACCAGUCUUCUUACAACUGGUUACUUCCGAAAGAACCGUUCAUUUUAGAAGGGAUCUUAGAUAUAAAAAGAUCCAACCAGCGGAAGUUAUAAUCAGUCUUUCAAGUUAACAGCUUACUAAAACAUUACCCACUAAAUAAAAAUGGUUAAGUUCAUUAUCCUUUUGGUUGUUGUCGUUUUCGAUGGAGUUUUCUGUGGAACACUUCUCGGAGGUCAUGAAACUUUGAGUUUCGGAGGUGGUGGUGGAGAUGAUUAUGGUGGCAGCAGUUUUGGAGCUGGCAGUUAUUCUGGAUUAGAAUCUGCUGGAGGUGAUAGCCUUCAACAAGCCGGAGGCGAUGGAGAUUAUCAUCAUGGAACUAGUGUUGUUGGUGGUGGACAAGCACCUCAAGGACAAACUUUAGACUUAACUGAUGGAGGUGGUCACCAAGGUAUCUUCGGUGGCAGCUUCAUCUCAGCUGGAGUAGGUGGAAAAUCUGGUCAACACGCUGAAGAAGGUGGUCACGAAGGGCUCGGAGCUUACGCUGGUGCGUCCAGUUACGAUGUCGGCGAACACGGCAGCGAAAUUGCUGGAGUUUUAUCCUCGAGUGUCCACGACAUUCCCAUCGAAGCCCUCCAUUAUCACCAUUAAAUCGGUGUUUGAAGACUGAAGAAGAAAAAGUAGGAUAUUGUAAAUAAACGUUGUUGUUCUUUCUGUGUUAAAAAACUGUUUUUUUUGUAGAUCAUUUUGUUGUUAUUAUUUUUUUGUUGUUACAUUUUUAAUAUUAAUCUUAUUUGUUGAUUCUUUUUUUAAAUAAUAAAAGUUUUCUAUUAAUU